GCAUCAUUGUGAAUUCCACGCAUACUCUUAAUGCGCACGAACUUAUAGACUGACUCGGUGAUGAAAUUUCUAUUAUUUAUUUAAAUUAAUUGUAGAUAUGAUGUUGCUAAAGUAAUUCCGUAAACGAAAGUUUUUUUUUUUUUUUUUUUUUUUUUUUUUUUUUUUAAAUUUUGUUAUAAUAUAAUUUCAAUUGCAUUGCAAAUUCUCUUGAGCUUAGAAGAUUCUUCUUGUAAUUUUACGAAGAAAUAAAACAAUGCGUUACGCAGUUUACAAAGCACGGCGUAUUCAAAAAGGAUUCAACAUAAAAUAACCUAUUAUCAUUUCCGAAAAAAAACUGGCUCAGAUAUAUCGAAAUAGAUCCUAACAGACUAGCUUUUUAAAAACCAAUUUUGGUCUUUUUUUUCUUUAAAUUUUAACAAUAGUUUUAGGUUUGCUUAAACUAUACAUUCUUUUUUCAGACAUUAAAUCAAAAAAGAUCAGAUACUGAAAUAAAUACAAAAUCAGAUAAAGAACUGAUUGACAGAAUCUUUCGAAUCAACCGUAAUGAGCUCUGUAGGCCAAAGUUCAGAAUACUGUGCGAAAAAUGACAAACAGAUACAGACGAAAACUCAGAGGAAAUAUUUGUACAAGCAACGCAGCAGACGCAUCUUGAAUGAUUUCUAGAAAUUUGAGAUAACCAUGGAGUUCAUAUCAUUAGCUUAUGAUGUGUAUGUACCAAAUGAUAUGCAGGAGAAUGCUAAUCCUAUAAUUCUUCUACAUGGACUUUUUUGGAAUAAAUAUAUGUACAGAGACCUUGCAAAAGCUAUCUGCAAUGAAACAAAACGAAAGGUGUAUUGUCUAGAUUUGAGAAAUCAUGGCGAAAGCGCUUCCUCUGAAGAAUGCGACGCAUACUUAAUGGCAGAAGAUAUCAAAAUGUUUCUCAGAGACCAUAAUUUAGAAAAAGUUGUUUUCAUCACUCACAGCUUUUCGUCUACCAUCACUUACUUGAUUGCUCUGGAUAUACCGCAUGUUAUCGAAAAAAUGGUGAUGAUAGAUCAUCCGCCAUUUACAGAUCAUACGAAAAAGAACUUUGAAGAAAAUGUGUAUCCCCAGUUUGCAGCACAAAACAGAUUCUUAAAAACAUUGGAUCCACAUAUGACUCUGGCGCAAGCUAAACAGAAAAUUUUAGGACUUGCUAAAAUGGGGACAAAAAGUCAAGAAUUCUUCUUGAUGAAAGUGGCAUAUGACCUGGAUAAAAAGAAUGGGAAAUUUCAGUGGAAAACAGAUCAUCAGUUCUUAAUUGACAGAUACCGAGAAGGCGGCUUUUGGGCAACUCCAAGAGGAUCGUCUGAUCACGAAAUUCUUAUCAUUAGAUCCAAAGAUUCUCCUCGACUAACAGAUGUAAAAUUUGAAGCAGUUCUGAAGCACAACCCGAAAGCAAAAUUGGUGACUUUUGAAGACACAACACAUCUCUUAAUGUUUGAAAAAGCAGAAGAAUUUGUGAAAACUGUAUCACAAUUCCUAGCAGGAAAACAUGAAAUUUAAAAAUAAAUCAUUCCAGUUAUAUACAUCUAGAGUUUUGUAAUAAUGUAAUAAAAAUACUCCCUGAUUUAUUUACA